AAAAAAAAAAAAACCCCGGGAAAUCUGCUCUGUGACAGUGGCUGCUGAAGUAGCGAUGGAGACAUUUUUGUAAAAUAUAUUACAGGUGUGUUUAUCUUUAUCUUUGUCUGUGGUUGUAUGGUGUAGCCUACAUAUCCUCGAGCAGAAAUGGACGAAUACGACGAACUGUUUGAGAUACAGGAUGAUUUCGAGAAGCGGUUCGCUGAAGACCUGGAGGCGUUGGAAGCGAUGGAGGAGGAAUUGUCUAAGCCGGGGAGAUGUCAGACUCAGGAUUCAGGAGACGGCAAUUCGGAUAUAGAGCACCUGCUGGAUGACCACCCCAUCACUCCAAAGGCAAAGCGGCGGAAGCAGGAUACAGGUGUGGUCAAGCGACUUUUCGAUAAUUCACAAAUUGAAGACAACAAAACCCCAUCAAAGGGUGAUGACAUCACACCCCCGUCUUCUCCAGAGCAGUAUGAACCCUCUCGCACCUUUAGGUCUAACCCUGCUCUAUUGGAUAUUAGUGGUUUUGCUACAAUCCCAGAGACGCCCGGGCGACCUUCCACAGCAGCGCCUGCUUCACUGUGUGUGCUGAAGCGACCUCCGUUAGAGGGGGAGUACAUCAGUGUGACAGACUCCUCAGGGAGUCGGGUCUACCUCAGACAGAAGGACGACACGGGGACAAAGGUAUCGGACUCGAGAAUGGUACCCAACUCCCAGGGUGCACUGGGGCUGUUGGCUGUGCCUAUAGGUGUGCUGAGAGAACAAGAGGCAGAGAGGCGUCAUCAGCAGGUUGUGGAGGAAUCUCAGCGCCUUACAGAGCUGCUGGCCAGCAGUGUGAACAAUGUGCUUGCUGAGCCUGAAAGCAGAGAAGUUGAUGAGAAUGAUGAUCCUGAAGACAAAGUGGGCCGAAGCUCACGUCUCUGGGUGGACAGAUUUUCUCCUCGACACUACACAGAGCUCCUCAGUGAUGAUUUUACCAACCGCUGUCUGCUCAAGUGGUUGAAACUUUGGGACACUGCUGUGUUUGGAAGAGAGAAGAAGUCCCACCCUGCCCGGUCUGACAGGCAGGCUCUCAACAAGAACUCAUCCAAACUUAAUCACAAGAAUCAGAAUCCAAGUCGCUUCAAGAGCAAAAUUGAGAUGACAGAGGAGCUGCUGGAGGCCGAACUGGAUCAGUACAAAAGACCCAAAUUCAAGGUGGCGCUGUUGUCUGGUCCUCCAGGUUUGGGGAAGACCACCCUGGCUCAUGUUAUAGCAAAGCAUGCUGGAUACAAUGUGGUGGAAAUCAAUGCCAGUGAUGACCGCAGUGCAGAAGUGUUCCAGAAACGCAUCGACACAGCAACACAGAUGAAGUCAGUUUUGGGAGCCAACGAGAAACCAAACUGUCUCAUCAUUGAUGAGAUUGACGGAGCCCCCGUGGCUGCCAUCAACAUUCUGUUAGCAGUUCUGAACAGGAAAGAUGGACAUGGCGGAGAGGGUGGGACAGAGACUGCGAAGAAGAAGAAGAGGAAGGAGCCCAUCCUGCUUCGACCAAUCAUCUGCAUCUGUAAUGACCUUUAUGUUCCAGCUCUCAGGCCUCUCAGGCAACAGGCCUUCCUCCUGGCUUUCCCUCAGACCCAUCCUUCCCGCCUCGCACAGAGACUGGCAGAGAUCUCUCGUCAGCAGGGGAUGAAGGCAGACACAGGCAGUCUGAUGUCGCUGUGCGAGAAGACAGACAAUGACAUUAGGUCUUGUAUUAACACACUACAGUUCCUCCAUGGUCAUGGCUGCAAGCAGCUGGACGCCAAGACAGUCCAGUGUGUCUCUGUGGGACAAAAGGACCAGAACAAAGGCUUGUUCCAUCUGUGGCAGGAGAUCUUCCAGUUAUCACGUGUAAAACGGAAGCGUACUGGUGAGGGGUUAGAGGACGCUCCAGGUUCAGGAGGUGGAGCUCAGAGAUUCCAGCACAUUCUACACUUGGCUUCAUCUAGUGGAGUACCUGAGAAGGUUUCUCAGGGUCUCUAUGAUAAUUAUCUGUCCAUGCGUGUGAGGGACCCCAACAUGCAGAGUGUGUGCGAGGCUCUGGAUUGGCUGUCGUUCUCAGACAGCCUGACCCAAGUGAUGCUGCACGGCCAGAACUUCUCUCUGAUGAAAUACCUGCCCUUCCUGUCUGUCACAUUCCACUUCCUGUUCGCCAACACGCAUGUUCCCCGCAUCAGCUAUCCUCACAGCCAGCACGAGGCCUCCUCCCGGCUUCUCAGCAGCAGGAACGCUUUGUCCACCAUGUUGAGUGAUAUCCCAGCAUGCAUCAGAACGAGGAUCAGCCAGCUCAGCCUGACCCUUGACAUUCUCACACUGCUUCUCGACAUCAUCUGUCCCAAACUAAGGCCUGUGAAUCCACAGCUGUUUAGCAGCAGAGAGAAGGAGCAGAUGUGUGAGCUGAUCAACACCAUGCUGGCCUACAACCUCUCCUACAGGCAGGACCGCACACCAGAGGGACAGUACACAUACGUCCUGGAGCCGUGUGUUGAGGAGGUGGUGAGGUUCCCAGGCCUGCCUCCGCGUCGCCAGCUGACAUAUCAGGCCAAACAAACUAUCAGCAGAGAGAUGGAGCAGGAGAGGAUGAGGAGGGCUGAGCAACUGAUGCUGCAACGAAACCCAGUGGCGAAAGAGGAAGAAAAAAAGAGUGUCAGACCUAAACCAACGAGGAACCAUCAGCAGAGGCUGGAGAACAUUGUCAAACAGACCACAGUGGAGAGCAGGCCAGAGCUGGAUUUCUUUGGUCGAGCUGUGGCCCCAAAACCUCAGAGAGUGCAGCCGUCUACAGACACAGGAGAGAAGUGUGCAGUUCUCGCUAUUGGAACGGCAGUGGGCAACAGUGACGUGUGGUUCCGCUUCAACGAGGGUAUGUCCAACGCUGUCAGACGAAAUGUCUACAUCAGAGAGCUACUAUAACACACACACGUGCAUAACUGCCUCAAUCUCAGCCGUUUCUUUUACCUGUUGUACUGUAUGUAAACAUCUGAAUCAAGUUGUUAAAUUCAAAACUUUCUUUAUUUUGAUUGAAAGUUUAAAGAGCCAAUAAAAACAAGUUGUUGAACACUUCUCUGCACUCAUCAAGCAAACUUCUAGAAAGCUACUCGGAGCUGUACACUGACACACACACACACACACACACACACACGGGUGUCUUCACAUAAAUUAACAGCAUUCAGUAGUCACCAAAUAAAUAAACAUGAUGAUAGCAAUAA